CUCAGUCUCACGCAAAAAAAUAAACGCCGGUGGCUUGACUGGCCUCGUCCGGCGGCCUCACCGGCGGCGCUUUCAUUGACUAACAGUCUUGGGCGACUCGUGGCUUUGUCAAAUCGUCAGUACUGCACUACUGCUGGUUGCUUCGUCCUUCGUGGGCGAUUCGUGGUUUCGCCAUCAUCCUUGACGAUUCGCCGACGUGCAGCCACAAAGGUGGUCGGAAUUCCUUCUUUGGUGGACGACGGUGGACGGAAUCUUCUCUAGUGUUGUCUGUGAUCAACGAAGAUGGAAAACUCAAAGUUGAAGAUAGCAAUUAUACAUCCAGAUCUUGGUAUAGGAGGAGCUGAGAGAUUGAUCGUAGAUGCUGCAAUGGAAUUAUCAUCCCAUGCUGAUGUGCAUAUAUUCACAUCACAUCAUGACAGAAAUCGUUGUUUUGAAGAGACUGUUAGCGGUAUCUUUCCAGUCACUGUGUACGGAGAUUUUCUACCACGGCAUAUUUUCUAUCGACUGCAUGCUGUUUGUGCUUACCUCCGAUGCAUAUUUGUUGCACUCUGUGUUCUGAUCAUGUGGCCAUCGUUUGAUGUUAUAUUGGCUGAUCAAGUCUCCAUAGUUAUUCCAUUUUUGAAGCUUAAAAAUUCAAUUAAGGUUGUCUUUUAUUGUCAUUUUCCGGAUCUUCUGUUGGCUAAACACACUACCCUACUUAGGAAAAUAUAUCGAACGCCUAUAGAUUUUGUAGAAGAAAAGACAACUGGAAUGGCGGAUCUGAUUCUGGUAAACAGUAAGUUUACUGCAUCAACUUUUGCGAGCACUUUUAAGCAUCUAGAUGCUGGUGGAGUUCGUCCUUCAGUUCUUUACCCCGCAGUUAAUGUCGACCAGUUUGCUGAAGCUCAUGCAUCUAAAAUGAACUUUCUGUCAAUCAACCGCUUUGAGCGAAAGAAGAACAUUGAUUUGGCAAUUUCAGCAUUUGCAAGGCUUCUCACCCGUGAGGAAAUAAAUGCAAAAGACGUAACACUGACUAUUGCAGGUGGCUAUGAUAAUCGGCUGAGGGAAAACGUGGAGUACUUGAAGGAACUGAAGCUCUUAGCACAAAGGGAAGGAGUAGCUGAUCAAGUCAAUUUCAUCACAUCUUGCUCUACUAGCGAAAGGAACAUUCUUCUUUCCCAAUGUCUAUGUGUUCUUUAUACUCCACAGGACGAACACUUUGGCAUUGUACCUUUAGAGGCAAUGGCAGCCUAUAAACCAGUCAUUGCAUGUAACAGCGGAGGACCGACAGAAACUAUUAAACAUGAAGUCACAGGAUUUCUUUGUGACCCUACUCCACAUGAAUUCUCCUUGGCUAUGGAAAAGUUCAUUCAAAAUCCUAAAUUAGCAGAAAAAAUGGGUGAAGAAGCCCGUCAGCAUGUCGUGGAGUCAUUUUCUACGGAGGUUUUUGGUCAGCAUUUGAACCGAUACAUUCUUGGUGUUGCCAGAGAGAAAUGUGAUUAAGAAUACCUGAGCAGCCAUAAGUUUGGCUGAUUAUAGUUCAGUGUUGGCUUUGCCUAUAUAGAGUAUAGAGUUUACAUUCGCUGAUUCGCAGAUCUUUACCUGUAAAGUUUAGCAUUCUUUUCUAUCUCCUGUUGUUUUCAUAUGACGGUAUCUAAAUGUUUCAAAGUCAUGCUCAAUACUAAUAGCCAUGAAGAACAUUUUUUUGUUAUAA